CACGAAGAUACGUCACUUCCGGCGUGUGCGUCUGGCGUCCGUCCGUCGCGGGAUGGCUACUCUGAGGAGUUGGCUGUCCCGGGGCGUGUCGUCCUUCUUCAGGUACCGGCGGUGUGUCCCCGUCGCGGCCAACUUGAAGAAGCGCUGCUUCUCGGGCUCGGCGAGACCAUGGCACCAGACCGUGGCCGUUGGAUUUGGGGUGGCCCUGUGUGCGGUUCCCAUCGCCCAGAAAACGGAACCUCAUUCUCUCAGUAACGACGCGCUGAUGCGAAGAGCGGUGUCCCUGGUAACGGACAGCACCUCCACCUUCCUCUCGCAGACCACCUAUGCACUGAUCGAAGCCAUCACUGAGUACACCAAGGCCGUCUACACCCUGGUCUCUCUGUACCGCCAGUACACAAACUUACUCGGGAAGAUGAACUCGCAGGAGGAGGACGAGGUGUGGCAGGUGAUCAUAGGAGCCCGGGUCGAGAUGACUUCAAAACAGCAGGAGUACUUGAAGCUGGAGACCACCUGGAUGACGGCGGUCAGUCUGUCCGAGAUGGCGGCGGAGGCUGCGUACCACACGGGAGCAGACCAGGCCUCCAUAACUGCCAGGAAUCACAUUCAGCUGGUGAAGUCGCAGGUGCAGGAGGUGCGCCAGCUCUCCCAGAAAGCAGAGACCAAGUUGGCAGAAGCACAGACAGAAGAACUCCGUCAGAAAGUGCAGGAAGGGGACGACAGGGCUGAGCAGGAGCAGGAGGCCUACCUGCGUGAGGAUUGAGGGCCUGAGCCGAGGCCCACGUCUGCCGCUCCGCCCGGGCUCGGCGCAGCCUUCUCUGCACGGGGAGGUCCUGCCCUGGCCCGCCAGGCCUGAGGCCCUUGUGAGCUGUGAGUGCCCAACCCCUCCUCUUGGUCUCAGGCUCACACUGGACCUGGUUCUUAGCCCGGGGCGCAGCACCCCGUUUACCGUUGCACCCCACUCAGCACAGCUGUCCUCUCACCCAUCGACCUUUUUACCUCCCGCCCAGAGCAUCUCACCAACCUGGCCGGAGAGAGGGGUCCUUUUUUGUCGUGCCCACAAGUUCAGUAGCUGUUUUAACCUGUUUCCGGCUGUGUUCGAUUUUCAAAUAGGGUUUAGUGUUUGCUCCCUCCAUAAAGACGUGAGUUUUAGGGAGAGAGGGGCCUGUCCUGCUUGUACGAUUUCUUUGUAAGCGUCUCCAUCGCCGUCUCUGACCUGGCCCCGCUGCCCUGUGAGGCCAGCUCAGGCCAGGGAGCCCAACCCCCGUUCUCAGGAGACGACGCGGAGUGCUGACCUGGGGCUCUCAGCAGGACUGGCCGACACACGCUUCUCGUGCCCCCUCCCUCGAUUUCUCUGCUGUGUAUGAAGGAGAAGAAUGUUGUUUUGCAUUUAAAAAAAUGUGUGUGUCUUC